AUGCCAGAAGAAUUCUACACUUUCACAGGCUGUGUGGUUAUCACGCCGGACAACGUUCGUCAGUGGACGACUGUCAUGAAGCGCUAUCUUCACGGUGCCCCUCUUUGCCUGCAAGAAGGCAUGAGUGGAUCUGGCCGCCUCUCGGCAGCCGGAGCAGCUGUGGGUCUCAAGAUCGCCUUCCCCGUGGACUACAGAUAUGGAUGGGACUUGAAGCAGCCUGAACAUCGACGCCUACUGGAUCAGUGCAAACAAGAACUGGGUGUCCGUGUUCACUACUGGUCCCCACGAUGUGCUCCUUGGUCUGUUCAGUCAAAUCGAUCACCUCCAGAUAAACGCGACAAAGCCCGACAAGCAGAAGGAUCGACUUUGGACUGGGUAGCCCAGCACAUGGACGACGACCAGGAGCGGGAUGAGGCAUCUAUCGCCGAGAACCCUCGGUCUUCCUCGAUAUUCAGCAAGAGCCCGCUCAAGAAGGUUACCGAGUCACCAUCGUUCACCCUGGGUGACAACAAAAGGUAUCACACUGAUCAAUGUCAGUUUGGCGCGAUCGACGAGACGGGCCUACCUACACAGAAGGCAACGGCUCUCUUGGCGACUGGCAUUCAACUCCGACAUUCAGUACGACAGUGCAAAGGCGAGAACAAGUGCAAGGACCACGGCAUCUUGCAGGGCAGAGUUGGAUCUAUCCACCGCACAGCACUUUCGGCAGUAUAUCCUUGGUUGUUCUGUUUGGCCCUGCUCAUGGACGUUGCUACGCACAUCGGCAAUGACACGGUGCAGCACAACAUCGGCUCGAACGUUCAGCGUUUCGGCAGGAGCCAGUCUCACUUUGUUGGCUGGACAUGCGAACGGUGCAAGCAUGGAGCUAAGAAGGUCGGUCCCGAUGGCCAACAGGCCCAGUACUUGCUGAGCCGCCAGCUCCAGCGCCUGAACCAGACGGUGCAGGUGACGAUCAACCAAUACUACCAGAAGAUGCAGAUGAUGAUGCAGACACUGGGGAUCCUCCUCCCGUACCUCCUCCUGUACCCCAAGGAUCACGACCUCCUAGGAAAGCCUUAA